AUGGAAGGUGUAUAUUUUAAUAUUGAUAACGGGUUUGUCGAAGGUGUUGUUAGAGGUUAUAGAAAUGGGUUGUUAACAAACAAUCAAUACAUCAAUUUGACUCAAUGUGAUACUUUAGAAGAUUUGAAAUUACAAUUAUCUUCGACUGAUUAUUCCAAUUUCCUAUCUUCAGUUGCUACUGAAAAUUUAACCACCACUAUCAUACAAACAUUCUUAUCAGACAAAUUGUUUAAUGAGUUUAAUUACAUCAAAGACCAAACAAGCGGUAUAACCAAAAAAUUCAUGGAUUACAUCACAUACGGAUAUAUGAUUGAUAAUGUUGCAUUGAUGAUUACAGGUACUAUUCAUGAACGUAACAAGGCAGAAAUUUUACAACGUUGUCAUCCUUUAGGUUGGUUCGAUACUUUACCAACUUUGACUGUAGCAACUGAUUUACAAAGUUUAUACGAUACUGUUUUGAUCGAUACUCCCUUGGCUCCUUAUUUCUUGGAUUGUUUUGAUAAUGCAGACGAAUUAGAUGAUUUGAACAUUGAAAUUAUCAAGAAUAAAUUAUACAAGGCUUAUUUACAAGAUUUCAAUAAUUUUGUCACUGAAAAAUUACCAGCCCCUGCAAAUGAAAUCAUGUCUGAAUUAUUAGCUUUCGAAGCUGAUAGAAGAUCCAUCAAUAUUUCGUUGAAUUCGUUACAGAGUGAUGAUAUCGAUUCCAAUUUAAAAAGACAAUUAUUACCAGAAUUCGGUAAAUUAUAUCCAAUUGAAACAAACCGUUUAAUCGAGGCAAACGAUUUCGAAUUGAUUAGAACUGCCAUCAACAACGUCCAAGAAUAUAAGGGGAUUCUGGAUUCUGGUAAUCUAGAUGAUCAUUUCUAUAAAAUUGAAAUGGAUCUUUGUAGAGAUGCUUUCACUCAACAAUUCUCCGUUAGUGUCAUCUGGGCUUGGAUGAAAUCAAAAGAACAAGAGAUUAGAAACAUUACUUGGAUAGCUGAAUGUAUAGCUCAAAACCAAAGAGAAAGAAUCAACAAUUACAUUUCAGUCUAUUAA